UAUAUGUAUAGUAUACCCUAAUUUAUAUAUCACUUUAAAUCCAUUGACUUCAAAUACGACGUUGCCGUGUCCCGAAUUCUAGGUAAUGUAACAUCAGACAACAUUAUCAACAACACGCAUUUUUAUUCACUCAAUUUAAAUCAUAAAAACAUAUAGUUGUGUCAUAUACCCUUACUCUUGCAUGUUUAAACUUUCUAGAUGUACGUGAUUAGCUUCAAAUUUAGAUUUAUUUUAAGUGAAAUAACGGAAAUAUCGAGUUAAUAAUUAUGUAAAUUUAAAUAAACGACGUUUUCGUUGAAAAGAAAACCCCAUCCCAUAAAACAGGAUGUGGUAAACCCAAUCUAUUUGUCUUGAAACUCUUGUAAUUGAAGAUACUUACAGAUAAUGGGUUACGCUGUUUAAUUUUCUUUAUCUUGUGACCAUCAAACAUCCUCAGGAUGCCAAGUUCGGCAAUCCUUUGUUUAAUUAUCGAAAUGCACCUAAGACAUUUAACCUCUCAUUAUUUCUAGUCACUAAAACGUUGUUGAGUCGUUAACAUCAUAAUGUACAUUUUUACUUUAGUUUCCAUCUUAAGUGCUCUGCUUGUGUCGGCGUUCUGCCAGAACCUAAGUGCGCGAAAUUUUGAUAGUGAUUGUGGCCAAGUUUUUACUAAACAGCAAUUCGUCAUCGAGUCUCGAGGUUAUCCUAGCAAUUAUCCUUUAAAUUAUCAGUGUUUUUACCUGGUUAAAGGUCCUUCUUGUCCAACACAUUUUAAACUUGAACUGUUAUACUUUAGAGUGGAAGAUUCUCUCGGAUGUUCGAAAGAUCGUUUGGAAAUUGACGAUAAGGAUGCCCUUUGCGGUAACAAAGACGGUGUUGUUAAGAACUACUUCUCCGAAAAAGGAACAUUAAUUUUGAGAUUUGUAUCAGAUAAUUAUACAAGUGGAAGGGGUUAUCGAAUUUUAAUAACACGAUAUCCGUGUUCACUUCAACAAUCUACGACUCAAAGUAUACCCAAGUGGUAUACUACUAAUAAAGACGUAGAAUACACAACUACCACAGUACGUCCUCCAAAUAGCAGAAAUUGCUGCAAAAAUUUUUAUAAUUCUAAACAGUUUACUUUAACCAGUCCUAAU